GGAGCCAAUCUUUCCUACAAGCUAUCGGCUUCUGUCAUCAGACGUAGCGUUUAGUGGUUUGUGUGUGCGCUCUUGCGGCUGGGACUGCAGCGAUGGCAGGAUGUUCCUGGGGAUACGGACCCAAAAACGGGCCAGACCAUUGGCACGAACUGGGCUUCCCCAUAGCCAAGGAGGGCACCCGCCAGUCACCCAUCGAGAUCAAGAAUGCGGAAGCCAAGUUCGACCAGAACCUGAAGCCUCUCGAUCUGAGCUAUGACCCAACCAGCUCGAAAAGUAUCUGCAACACCGGCACCACCGUCCAGGUGGAUUUCGACGAUUGCACAGACCGGUCAGUGCUGACAGGUGGCCCUCUUUGUGGAAAAUAUAGGCUACGCCAGUUGCACUUUCACUGGGGAGCCUGUGAUACUCAUGGCAGUGAACAUGUAAUUGAUGGGAAAACCUUUGCUGGAGAGCUUCACCUGGUGCAUUGGAAUGCAGAAAAGUAUUGUGAAUUUAAUGAAGCUCUCAAAGCUCCUGAUGGUUUGGCUGUUAUUGCUGUCCUUCUAAAGGUAUGUGAAACAAACCAAGCUCUGCAGAAGAUUGUCUGUUCUUUGGAGUGCCUUAAAUCAAAGGGUGCCAAAACUGAUUUUAAAGACUUCUCUGCUUGCUCUUUGCUGCCUUCUUGUCUCCAGUAUUGGACCUAUCCUGGAUCCCUGACCACUCCUCCUCUGUGUGAGUGUGUAAUUUGGCUUGUGCUCAAGGAGCCAAUCAAUGUCGGUGCAGACCAGUUGGCAAAUUUCCGCAAGCUGGAAUUUGGACCAUGCGAACCCAUGCAAAACAAUUACCGACCUCCCCAAGCUUCGAAAUGCAGGGAGAUCCGGAAAAACUUUGAAUAAAGGUUUGAGGGCAGUCAUCAGCUUGCCUUUCUGAACUGUCCCUGUGUAGCCUGAGCAGCAGUAAAUAAUUCCCCUGGACCCUUGUCCCAGCCCCUCACUGACCACCACCUCCUUGUGUAGCCAGAGCGGACAAAAAGGCAGACAACAUCUUUAAGCACAAAUGAAUAAAAAUGCAUCAUCCAGAUUUGGCCUUAAGUAGCCACUGGAUUGUUAUCGUGUUCCUGGAACUUCAUGAGCCUUACCACUUAACAAAAUCUGAAGCAAUAUUCCAUCUGUUGAAAAAGGCACUCUUUAAUUUAGUGAAGGACUAAUCUGUAGCACUGAAUAUAUUGUUCAAGUUUAAUGAAAUUGUUUUUUAGUGAUGUUAACUGUAAAGCAGUUCCUAGUUUAAAAAUUAUAUUAAAGAGCAAUAAUUUACAACUUACACAUCCAUGGAAUUAUCUUUUAACCAAUGCAAUAAGAGUUGUAAGCCAUAAGAUUUAGUAAAUAAAACACUUUGACUUGC